AAUAUAUUUAUAAAACAUUAUGACAUUCAACGUAUUUGUGGGAAGUAUAUUUCUAGGAAUCAUAAUCACUGGCUGCGAAGCAAACAAGAUUACAGAAGAUAUCACUCUGGAUUACCCACAAGUACAGACAACAUCUGGCCUCGUUACUGGAGCUACGACAGUUGAAUCGAAUGCAUUUUGGGAGAUUCCGUAUGCUCAACCACCUUUGGGCAAAUUAAGGUACCAGGCUCCAAAGCCGAUAACGACCCCAAAUAAUGAAAUAAAUGGAACAAACAAUAACUUUCUUCAAUGUUAUCAGUAUGAAGAAGCUUGUGCUUUUGUUUCUGAACAUCGAUGCCGGCUAAACAUGAAAGAAGACUGCCUUAUAUUGAACGUAUUUACUCCGGCGUCUAUGGAUCUUAAAAAUGCAACAAAACCACCAUCUGAAAAGCUCCCCGUGCUCUUCUAUAUUCAUGGUGGCUUUUUCAUUAUCAAUUCCGCGACACAGCCACGACAUGAUGGAAGAGAACUAGCGAAUGUUACAGGAACCGUUGUAGUAACAAUCAACUAUCGCUUGGGACCAUUUGGUUUUCUGAGUCAUCAACAAACGGGCCAGGAAGACAUAAAAGGAAACCAAGGUCUGAAAGAUCAACAACUUGCUAUGAGAUGGGUUCAAGAUAACAUUGCUAACUUUGGAGGAGACAAAACUAAGGUUACAAUAUUUGGUAACAGUGCUGGAGCCCAAUCAGUCAUGUUUCACACACUUUCCAACAUUAGUAAAAAUCUUUCCUCGAAUUCAAUUCAACAAAGUAAUCCAGCUAUUGCCUCAUUUUACUAUCCUUCACCGGAAAUGUCACUGAGGAUUACUAACAGAUUGUUACAAAGUUUAGGAUGUACCGGGGAUGAAAGAGCUUGUUUGCUAAAUUCUACGCCGCAGACGAUUGUCAAUCAAACUACGCAAGUACAAAACUCAACUCAACAUCAAGAAGGAAAUUGGUUAUAUUCAAUUGAAACUUAUCUACCUGUAAUUGACGGAGUCGAGUUCAAGGAUUUGCCAAUGAAUUUAUAUAAAAGCGGUAAAUGGAAUUCUGAUAAGGAUAUGAUUAUCGGCGUCACAACGGAAGAACAGGCAAAUGAUGCAUAUCUAUAUCCAAAAGAUUUCAGCUUCGACGAGAAAGUGUUUUUGGAUAUGAACACGAAUAUCUUCGCCGAUAAAGAAAUCUCUAGUAUUGUCGUCAAUAAAUACAAAGAGAUUUAUUUUACAAAUUAUGCAGAUUUUCGUGCAACGUUCUCGAAAGAAAUGACAGAAUACAUAUUUCAUUGCCCUAGCAGGCUGAUGGCAAGAUUAGCAUCGCAAACAUCCUCUGCCUCUGUAUAUUAUUACGUCUUUGAUGAGAAGAUUCUCUCUGGAAAAUGUGUUGAAUAUAAUAGUGGAAAUAAGACUGGAUGUUACUUUGCUUUCCAUGCGACAGAAAUUGAGUUUAUUUUUAGGACUUUUGAUGAAGUCAGACCGGACAAUUAUACUGAGAAGCAUUUGUCGGUGGAGAAUCAAUUUAGCACGUAUUUGGGCAGUUUUGUUCGAACUGGAAAUCCUUCAAGCGGCUUGAACAACUCUGUGGGGAGCUUUCCUUCUUGGCCAAAAUACAAAUUUAGCAAUGAUAGAAACCAGUCGUGGUUGUAUAUGUACAUCCAUUCUCCAUCCGGUGAAGUAAGACAGGGAUUUCAGGAUGAAAUCUGUGAUUUUUGGUAUAGUAUUAACUACGGACAACUUGAUCACACGAUGUCGACUGCAACAGAAACAUCGAUAUACACCACUACCGAAGAACAAAGUACAACUAGUCACGCAAUGCGCCCAAUUCAACGUUCAUCCGUGACAGUUACAGCGUUGCUUUUUGGGACGUUAGUAUGUGUCCUCACACAAUGUUGAUUAUAAAUUCUUUCAUGAAAAUGUUUUAAGGUUAAUUUGAACAAUAAUUGC